GUGGCGCGCUCCUUAAGCGUGAAGGCGUUGAUGAUAAACAAAAACAACGCGGUGAAAAUCCUAAACAAAAACGCGAUGAAAAUAAAGUCGGAUUGGUUAAGCGUAUUAGUCCCGCUGAAGCCAUUCCUCUUGCAGUUCUACCCAUUGGCGCACUUGGUGGACUUGGUGGAUUUGGUGGAUUGGGUCUAACUGGAUUGGGUCUAGGAUUAGGAGGAGUGGCAAUUUAA